ACCGGCCGCUCUGGAGCCCCGGCGGACGUUAUAUAACCUGCCCUCCGCGGCACGGAGGCACGUGGCGGACCUUUUCCGCCGUUACCGACGGGCCCCUGGAGCCCGUCUUCCCCUGGUGUGUGCGCCACAUGCUCCUGGCCCAGGCCGGGGGUCGGUCAGGCAAUAAGAUUAAUUGCAUUGAACCAGUUUUCAAAGAAUCUAGAGAAUCAUGUAUAUCUUUAGGACAUCUGGCUUAAUUGUUUUUACUCUCCUAAGACUGUUUGUGGAAGUAUGCGAGACUUAACAGCACAGGUCACUAGUGGUCUUCUGCAAUUUCCAGAAGUGACUAUUCAGGCACUCGGAGAAGACGAAAUAACCUUAGAAUCUGUGCUUCGUGGAAAGUUUGCUGCAGGGAAAAAUGGGCUUGCUUGUUUGGCUUGUGGUCCACAACUCGAGGUAGUAAAUUCUGUAACAGGAGAGCGGUUGUCUGCAUAUAGAUUCAGUGGAGUGAAUGAACAGCCUCCUGUAGUCCUUGCUGUGAAAGAAUUCUCUUGGCAGAAGAGGACUGGUUUGCUAAUUGGAUUGGAAGAAGCUGAAGGGAGUGUUCUCUGUCUUUAUGACCUUGGUAUAUCAAGAGUGGUCAAAGCAGUUGUUCUUCCUGGAAGGGUAACAGCUAUUGAACCUAUAAUUAAUCAUGGAGGAGCCAGUGCAAGCACACAGCAUUUACACCCAAGUCUGCGUUGGCUUUUUGGUGUGGCAGCUGUGGUAACUGAUGUUGGACAGAUCCUUCUUAUUGACCUGUGUUUGGAUGAUUUGUCAUGCAGUCAGAAUGAAGUAGAGGCAUCAGAUCUUGAAGUUAUAACUGGCAUCCCAGCUGAAAUACCACACAUCAGAGAAAAUGUGAUGCGAGAAGGACGCCAUCUGUGUUUCCAAUUAGUAAGCCCAUCAGGAGUAGCUGUUUCAACUCUUAGUUAUAUAAAUAGGACAAACCAGCUUGCUGUAGGUUUUUCUGAUGGCUAUCUAGCACUGUGGAAUAUGAAAAGCAUGAAGAGAGAAUACUUUACACAGUUGGAAGGUGGAAGAGUUCCUAUAUAUGCUGUUACUUUUCAAGAACCUGAGAAUGAUCCUCGUAAUUGCUGUUACUUAUGGGCUGUUCAGUCUACACAAGAUAGUGAAGGGGAUGUUUUGAGUUUGCAUUUACUUCAGCUGGCCUUUGGUGAUAGAAAGUGUUUGGCAUCAGGACAAAUCUUAUAUGAGGGAUUAGAGUACUGUGAAGAAAGAUACACAGUGGAUCUCACAGGUGGCAUGUUUCCUUUAAGGGGACAGACUAGUAAUACCAAACUGUUGGGAUGCCAGAGUAUAGAAAAAUUUCGAUCUCAUGGGGACAGGGAGGAAGGCAUGAAUGAAGCUUUGUCACCUGACACCAGUGUUUCAGUCUUUACCUGGCAGGUGAAUAUAUAUGGACAGGGAAAGCCUUCUCUAUAUUUGGGACUUUUCGACAUAAAUCGUUGGUAUCACGCACAAAUGCCAGACUCAUUAAGAUCAGGAGAAUAUCUACAUAAUUGCCCAUAUUUUGCACUGUGGUCACUGGAUUCUGUUGUAAGUAGGACUUCUCCACAUUACAUCUUGGAUAUAUUAGUCCAUGAGAGAAGUUUAAGUCGAGGAGUACCUCCUUCAUACCCACCUCCUGAGCAGUUUUUUAACCCAAGCACUUACAAUUUUGAUGCCACUUGUUUAUUAAACUCAGGAGUUAUUCAUUUGACUUGUACUGGUUUUCAGAAAGAGACUUUGACUUUUUUAAAGAAAUCAGGACCAGCUCUCAAUGAAGUCAUUCCUGAUGGUUAUAAUCGAUGUCUUGUGGCUGGCCUUCUCUCACCGAGGCUUGUUGAUAUUCAACCUUCCAGCUUAAGUCAGGAAGAACAGUUAGAAGCUAUAUUAUCAGCAGCAAUUCACACAAGUUCCCUGGGACUUUUGACUGGAUGUAUCAAAAGGUGGAUAACAGAAGAGCAACCCAAUUCUGCUGCUAAUUUGCGCUUUGUUCUUGAAUGGACAUGGAAUAAAGUGAUUCUCACAAAAGAGGAAUUUGACAGGCUAUGUGCACCAUUAUUUGAUGGUUCGUGUCGCUUCAUCGAUCCACAAACUAUACAAUCUAUUCAACAGUGCCAUUUACUUCUUAGCAACCUUACUACAGUUUUAGGCUGUUUUGCAACAGAGGCCCAAGAUAUCACUGAGAGAGGUCUUAUGGACUUGCACAAUAAAUAUAUGGUUACCCAGCUCAUCUGUCAGUAUGCACAAGUGGUUCUUUGGUUUUCUCAUUCUGGGCUUUUACCAGAAGGAUUAGAUGAUGCUGUGCAGUUGUCAAGGUUAUGCUACAACUACCCUGUAAUUCAGAACUACUACACAAGUCGUCGACAGAAGUGUGAGCGCUUAGCAAGAGGGAAGUGGAAUCCCGAUUGCUUGAUGAUUGAUGGAAUGGUUUCUCAAUUAGGAGAUCGAAUUGAGAAGUUGUGGAAACGUGAUGAAGGAGGCACAGGAAAAUAUCCUCCUACUAGUUUGCAUGCACUACUUGACAUUUACCUACUGGACAACGUUACUGAAGCAAGCAAACAUUUUGUUACAAUUUAUUUGCUACUUGAUAUUAUGUAUUCCUUUCCAAACAAAACAAAUACUUCAAUUGAAUCAUUUCCAACUGCCUUUGCCGUUUCUUGGGACCAGGUUAAACUUAUUCAAGGGUUUUGGUUGAUAGAUCACAACGACUAUGAGAGUGGUUUGGAUCUUCUGUUUCACCCAGCUACUGCAAAGCCUGUAUCAUGGCAACAUUCAAAAAUUAUUCAAGCCUUCAUGAGUCAGGGUGAACACAGACAAGCCCUCAGAUACAUUCAGACAAUGAAGCCAACGGUGUCCAAAGGUAGUGAUGUUAUCCUUCACCUAACCGUUCUGCUUUUUAAUAGGUGCAUGAUUGAGGCUUGGAGUUUAUUACGACAACAUUCUCACAGGCUGAAUAUAGAAGAGUUACUAAAGCACACAUAUGAAGUCUGUCAGGAAAUGGGCCUGAUGGAGGAUUUACUGAAGCUACCAUUUACAGACACUGAGCAGGAGUGUUUGGUGAGAUUUUUGCAGUCCAGCACCAGUGUUCAGAACCAUGAAUUCCUUUUAGUUCAUCAUUUGCAACGUGCCAAUUAUAUCCCUGCCUUGAAAUUGAACCAAACUCUGAAGAUUAAUCUUAUGAAUGAUCGUGAUCCUCGUUUGCGGGAGAGAUCAGUUGCUCGAAAUUCUAUACUAGACCAAUAUGGGAAAAUUCUUCCAAGAGUCCAGCGAAAAUUAGCCGUUGAAAGAGCAAAGCCUUACCAUUUGUCCACAUCAUCAGUUCUUCGAGAAGUUUCUAGACCCAAACCAUUAUCAGCAGUUCCAAAGAAAACUGUAACAGGGACUGUGUUAACAAGAUCUACUUUCAUCAAUAAUGUGUUGUCUAAAAUUGGAGAGGUUUGGACAAACAGUGAACCUAAAAAUAGCAUCUCCCUCUACAAUAGUCCUAAAAUAGAAGAACCAUCUCCUAUAGUAUAUUCUCUCCCAGAUCCAGAGCUGCCUGAGGCAUUUGUUGGAACACCAAUUUCAAAAGCCUCACAAAAAAUUUCUAGACUACUGGAUUUGGUUGUUCAUCCUGUCUCUCAGCCUUCUCAGUGUUCGGGGUUUAUUCAGCAAAGCCCCCCAAGAUUUCCUUUGUGUCUAGCAUCCAGUUCAUUGCCCGUAAGUUCACAAUUGAAAGGAUCACAUCAGAAUACCUCCAGAGCAUCAGAAUUACAUUUACUUGAGACUCCUCUUGUAGUUAAGAAAGCUAAAACUUUGGCCAUGUCAGUUACUGCCUCUGGAUUUUCCGAGUUCACCCCUCAGUCCAUCCUAAGAACGGGUCUUCGAACAACACCUUUAGCAUCUCCGUCUCUGUCACCUGGUCCAUCUCUUACGCCUCCAUUACGACUUAAAGAAACCAGAAUUUCAUUCAUGGAAGAAGGCAUGACCACAAAAUGGACUGCUGGAGCUGCAGAUGACGGCAAAAGGGCAGUUACAUCUUUUCAUAAAUGUGACGUUCCAGCAGAAACUGAAUGGCUGAAGAGCAAAGAUAAGAGAACAUCUUUUUCCCUGAAUAGCCCAGAGAAGGGUCAUCAGGAAAUUGCUGUGAUGUCAGAGGAUACGCCUUCACAAAAUUUAGAGAAACUGGAUGUGAGUAAAGAAAACAGCAAUACCUCAAGCAGAUCAGACCAGACUACCUUGGAAUAUCAGGAUGCACCAGAAGACUUUGAAGAUAUGUUCAUGACCUCAAAGCCAUCAAGUUCUUCCACUGAACUAAUUGUUAAUUUAUCCGAACAAACCAAGAAGGAUGGUGAUAAAGAUGUGUUUGAGCUGGAGGUAACUCUUCCGGAACUGGAGAAGCAAACAGGCACUUUAGAAGAUGCUGAAACAAAGGAUCUCUUAGUUGCAGAGGAGGCACUUUCAGAAUUGAAUCACUUAAAUCCCAUUCAAGGAGUUGAAGCUUCUCUUUGUGUACCAUCAAUCCAUGAAGGGAAAUUCCUCACCCCGACAUCCACGGUACCAGUUUUUGACAAAGGACUAGUAUCAGUUGAAACCUGCACCUCUGCAGUUAAAGCAGGUAACAAUAAAUCUAUGGCCGAUGUCCUUGAUGAUAGUGGAAGCUCUGGGCUUGUUAUCUCUGAAAGUCCUAUUAUCUCUGAACAUAGGCUUGACCAGGAAAUAACAUUGAAUUUAAAAGAAGAUCACGAAAUAGAAGUUGAUGUACUAAGAGAAAGUGUUGACUUAACUGAAGAAAAACCUCCACUACCUGACAGUUCUCCUGAUUCUCAAGAAAUUCAUGUGGUUGAACGUGAAAAGCUUGAAGUUCAGGAUUCUGGACAAGAGGCUAGGAGUCUUUCAUUUAAUGAGUUGUAUCCCUCAGGAACUCUUAAGCUUCAAUACAAUUUUGAUACCAUUGAGCAACAGUUUUGUGACUUGCCUGAUAAUAAAGACUCUGCUGAGUGUGACAUUGCUGAAGUAGACGGGGAACUAUUUGUAGCUCAGAGCAACUUUACCUUGAUAUUAGAAGGUGAAGAAGGAGAAGUUGAGACUGGGGAUUCUGCAGCAUCUAAUGUAUUAGCUAGAGUGACUAGCAAAGCAGCUGAAGAAAAACGUGUGUACAGUGGGGACAAUGAUAAUCAAGAUGUUGCAAAUUUGUCAGCUAUCAUAAUGAAUGAUCAGGAGUCCCAGAAGAUAGAAGCAUUACCAUAUGUGCCUGAACCAAUUAAAGUUGCUAUUGCAGAAAAUUUAUUGGAUGUAAUUAAAGAUACAAGAAGUAAAGAAAUUACUUCAGAUGCAAUGGAACAGUCCAGUCAUGAAAACAUACCUUUAGUGAGCCAGAAGGUAAUGUGUCCCACCAAGUUAGGCAAAUCUACAUUUAAGACUGUUCAGGAAACCAGCACCAUGACUAUAAACAUUAGCCAGGUUAAUGACAUGAUUUCCUCCAGAACUCGCUUGAGAGGACAGCGUGUCCAGAACCUAAAUGUCAAAUCAGCAGAUGUUGCUACUCCUGAGAUGCUGGGACUUUCAGGUAGGAAGAAAACUAGGAAAACAAAAGAAAUUUCUGAGGCUUCUGAAAGUGCCUGUUCUGAUGUUAAAGGAAUGUCUCAGAACCAGCAAAUACCUCAAAAUUCUGUUACUCCUAGGAGAGGAAGGAGAAGGAAAGAAAUGAGUCAGGACACAUUAGAAAGUAUUAGUUCUGUAGAACAGGAAUUACAGGUUACUUCAGGUAGGAAAUUAAGGUUGAAAUCAUCUAAGCUGUUGGAACCAGCAGUUGAAGAAACUUCUUUUAGAAAAGAAGACAAGACAUUAUCUGUUACAAAAAAGACUCCGAAAAAAAUUAAAAAAUCUGUGAAGAAUCAGGGAAGUUUUGAAACUGUAAAUGAUCUAGAAGUUAGUAAAGCAGCAAGUCCUAGCAGAAGUACCAGAAAAUUGAGAAGUGCUAACUUAGAAGCUUCUGAAGAUACAGAAUAUAAACAAGAUGGGAAGCCUAGCAGGAAAUGUAAUAGAAGGAUUAAAGAGAGAGAAGUUAGUGCAGCACAUGGCAUGGAAGACUCUAAACUUGAUGUAUCCCAGUUGAACCUUCAAACAGAAUCUGGUACACCUGCUACACCAAGGAAGCGUGGUAGGCCAAGAAAAACAAAUCCAACCGAAGAUGUAGGAGGUAGGGCUCGUGAGGAAGAGAGAAGUCCUCAAAAGAGAGGCAUUCCCAGUGUCCAAAGGAGAUCAACAAGAAACACCCCAGCUAAAAAUGAAAGUGCCGAUGUUGGAAAAUUAGCUUUAGAAAAGUCCAUUUUAGUGCCAAAUGAGGAUCUUGCUACAGUGAUGAGUUCUAAGAAAAAACUUAAAAGGACUGAAAAUCAGAGCCAAAAAUUUUCAUUACGCUCAAUUUCAGAAGAAAACAAAGACAAAAAACCGAAUAAUGAAGAAGAAAAAUUGCUUGCCACAGCUGCUUUGACUAAAUCUUCCCGCAGCACAAGGACUCGAUCUAGCAAGGCCAUCUUGUUGCCGGACAUUUCUGAACCAAAAAAUGAGUCUUUAUUUUCUCCUCCUGCGUCAAAGGUUCCAAGGAAAGAGAAAGCAAAAAAAAUGGAUGCUCCUGCACAGCUAAAAGAAUUAGUUUCAGAUUUAUCCUCUCAAUUUGUCUUCUCACCUCCUGCUUUAAGGACCAGGCAGAAAAGCACAUCUAAUGCAUCCAAACUUAUAGAUGAACUGGAAGAUGAUGCUCAAUCAAUAGAAACUGGGGAAAAGCAAAAAGCCAAAAGAAUCAGGACUGCAAAAACAAAACAAGCGAGCAAAAACACUGAAAAAGAAAGUUCUUGGAUACCUCCUCCAGUAGAAAUUAAGUUGAUUUCUCCUUUGGCAAGCCCAGUUGGUGGGGUAAAGAGCAAACCAAGAAAAACUACAGAAGUAACGGGGAAAGCACUUGGGAGGAAUAGAAAGAAACCGUCUUCCUUUCCAAAGCAAGUUUUACGCAGAAAAAUGCUGUAAUUUUUAUUUUCAAAUUUUUAAUGUACACCUGUUUGUAAAGUCAUCAGAAUUGUGUGGGUUAUUAAAAAUCAUCUAAUUUGGAAAAAGUAAUUUAUAUAAAUUAUUGUAAAUUUUUGUAAACAGAAAGUCUUCAGUAAGUAAAUUAACUCCAUAUGGGGUGUGAUUCUUUUAGUCCAGGCAGUUUUUUCUAUUUUAUAGUAAGACUUCAUACAUUUAUAUAAUGUGUAAAUAUGGCUUAUUAUUGGAAUGUUAAAUAAAGUGUAUACUUCACAGUAGUUUGUGUCUGUUAGAUUUUUGUGAGGGGAUUUCUGUUUUAAAAAUGAUUUUAUAUGCCAGUAGGCACUGGUCCCAUUUUCUUUAUCUACAGUUUAAAUGGGGAUGAUGGAACUGUUGAUUUUUUAAGUUGCUAUUUCAUAAUUUAUGCACUUUGCUUCUGUGAUUAAGAUUUCUAAUCAUAAAAUGUAUUAUUUCUUUUGGCUGUUGCUGUGUUGAAAUUGAAUUUUAUAGGCAUGUUAUUUUGCCACUUUUUGUAGUUUAAUUAACAAAUUUUAUGUACUCUACCUCAAAUGAGUAAUUUUCCGGGUAAUGCAUUCAUUAACUACAAUGUUGGCAUUUCUUAUUCAGCUAGCUUAAAGGCUGUUUGUUUUUAAAGUCUCUUAAUUAUUCAGAGACUAACUAUCCAGGUUAGACUGACCGGUUCACUGCUCACUAGCAACUUCAUUAAAGGGAGGAAGUAGGGAAAUUCCAAACAAAUCUGUUUCAUGAUUCCAAACAAAUCUGUUCAUUGUACCAUGUAUGUGCCUAAUAUUGAUAUAAUCUUGCAGUGGAGGAGCUGGCUACUGAAUUACAGAAGUCCCUUUAAUAUUCAGGUUUUUAAACUGACAUUUUCAGAGGACCUCAGGCACAGAUUAUAGAGGAUGGGGAGGGGAAAGAGUGUGAUGAGACUUGGAAAAAGGAAAACAAAAAACUGUUCUCUGCAGUAUGACUGUGCAAUUAAGUGAUGAUGCUUGAUAUGGGCUGUACAAUUCAUCAAUAAGUAAGUGUUGUAAAAUAAUUUAUAACAAGUAAUUGAUAGUGUGUAAUGAAUGGACCAUUAAUAAUUGAUCAUCGGAAACAAACUGCUUUUGUUGGCUAAGCUUUUUAUGUUUUAGUGUGAAGCAUAAACAGUGUGCUUUCUACAUUAUUUUUCUACCAAAUAAUAAUACAAAUAAUGGGAAAAUGAUGAAAAUGCCUAUGCCAAGUAUUGACAGUGUGAAAGUAGCAGUACGAGUGCGGCCUUUUAGUCAGGUUAGUGAUGUUACAUUGCCUUGUUGAAAAUUUAACUAUGAAUUUGAUUUUAUUAAUUUUUUUAAUGAUAGCAAUCAAACUUGUAUUUAAGCUGCUUGUCAUUUAUGGAAUAUUAAACUUAUUUAAAUGAACUUGUUAAAUACGAUCUAAAUAUAACUCAGUGAACAAUUAAUUUCAUCCCUUUGCACAAGUAGCUCAAUAAAAACAUUGACAAGAGAAAUGUACUGUCAAGUUAAUAAUUUUUUAAACCAAUGCAGUUUGGUGAAUAUUGACUUGUAUCUAUUUGCAAAGAAUGUACUUUUCCCCCUUAAUAAUAUUAAAGGAUA